AUGGCAGAGCUUCACGAUACCCUGGCAGGCUUGCGUGGCCUGUAUCAGGAUCUCUCUGCUGUGUCGGAAUCCUCAUUCAUCAACAUUGAACGGCUAGUUGUUGAACUGGAGUCGCAUAUCGAGGACUUCCGAAAACUCCUAGACAAGCCCGCCAAAAACAAUGCCAGUCGCCAGAAAGUCCUGACAGGUGAGUGCCGGACGCCUCAGUUUUCCACUCCGCCCGGAUACAAAUCUCCUAACCGGUAUCAUAACCAUACAGGAAAGAUAACGGUUGCCGAUAUCGAGUACUCAAUCAAUCAAGAUUUCCAGCAAGGCGCCCUCACGCUCGCUGAUGCCCUGGACAUCGAUGAAAUGGAGGCUGCGGCGAUGUUUAUCGCUGCCCAGGAAGACUCCCAAGUGCUCGAUCGACCCCCUCUCAUUGCAGCGAUUAUGCGCUUCCACGAACGCCGACACUUCGUCUUAGAAUGUUUGCGCCUGGUUCUCCGCGAGUCCUUCGAGGUGGAGCAUGAAGCGACCCAUGUCAUGAUGCAAGAAACGGUUUCUUUUGUCCUGGAUAUCAAGAACGGGGCCCCGAUGCACAAUGCAUCAUUGUUCGCUCGGAAAGCUAUGGAUUCCAUGGGAAGCAUUGAGAAAUGGCUAACGCUGCUAAGUGAGCAAGUCCAGAAGGCGUCGAUCGUUGGCCAGGAAGGCGACGCGGAUACCAUGGAGGCGAUUGAAUAUCAGCGCCGGAGCUUGCAGCAGCAGCACGAGUCUCUAGGCGCCAUUAUCUUCUACCUGUUCAAGUCGGCAUAUUUGAGCUCUGAGGAUCUUCGCAUUCUCGUCAACAUUUUGAAGAAGAUUGAGCGCUUCGACGGUUUGCUGAUCCACUACGUUCCCGUCGCCAUUGAGUCCUUUUCUCGCUACGGAUCCCCUGAGAACACUGGUGUUCCGCGUGAGGAAGCGCGCAGCCUACACACAGCCGUCACAACAGCCAGGGAUGGCCAGACAUGGAAAUUGCCCAACUUUCACGCUGCCAUCACUGCGCUGUGGCUGUCAGUCUACAGCGGAUGGUACUAUGAUGACAGUCCAAGCGCGCAGACAUCCGGAGUCGAUAUCGAGGCUGAGUCGAAGCAGUGGCAAAAGCAGUUUCUCACCAGUCUUGACGAAGGGGCUCUCGAUUUCCUGCUCGCAAUCUGCUCUAAUGUCAACAGUGAGGAGUGGGCUGAUCCAGCUCGCAGCGAGCUGGUUGCAUUGCUUCUGCGAGAAAGCGACAUUGCCCUCCCCGAAUCCGAUCUUUGCAGCAGUUUCAUGAAAGAGCUGUUGAUGGAAAGCUUCCAAGGCUUUGUCGAGUCGUGCAUCGCAAAUAUGCCGGACGCGAUCCGAAAGCUUAAGUCAGAGGAAGAUAGCCAGAGACUGGAUCAGCUCACGGCCCUUAGGGAAGGUUUGAGCUCCAGCCUUCACCGUGGUUUGGUAGAGGCACGAACCCACCUUGAAUCGUUGCUUAUGGUCAUUUCCUUUGCUUUCGAGCACCGCGAAGAAGCCGCCCAGGAAUUCUGGAGUGAUCCCGAUAGCAACAUGUACGGCUUUCUCCAAUGGGCUUCCAAGCGUCAGACAGUGCCCCGUGUGAGUGCCUUUUGUGAGAUGCUUUGCGCUAUCUCCGAGGGUGAAGAAAACGCCUUAGCCGCACAUAGAUUUUUGUCUGAGGAAGACAAAUUCAUGGGUUCCAAACUCAAGCGGUCUUCUACCAUGAACUGGACGCAGAUGUUCGCCGAGUUACAUCUUUAUGCCACUCGGGUUAAUGAGAAACCUUCUAGUGGCAACACCCAGCACUUGCGUGCACGCAAGCCAGACCCUGUUGAUAUGAACGAGCCUGAGAGCCCGGUCAUGCUCACCUGCUACCUACGACUGAUGGGGCACUUGUGCAAAAACAGCGCGGCUGUUCGAGACUGGAUGCUGCAAAACCAAACAUUCAAAGUUGUCGAAACCCUUCUGCACCUCUGCAGCGGACCGAUUCCAACUCACUUGAGGGCAACCACUUUCACAGCACUCUCUGCUUUGAUGGUCGACAAAAGCACCGUGUACGGCGAAUCUAUGUGGAAUUCUAUCGACAACUGGUUGUCAGCUGGGUCGUUAGCUGCAUCAGCCAUCGGCAAGGUCCCCGCUACUUCUGAAACCUCCGCCUCGAAUCAGCAGCAAUCUUUGCAGAAGAUUGGCGAGAGCUUCGAUCAGACGAAUGCGUUCGUCAUGCUUCUCAACUCACUGAUUGCCCCCGCCAACUCGACUGAAAAAUACCUUCCGCUCUCUUUCACUGACAAUCUGGGGUCUACGUAUCGCAUGGCUGGGAUUGAGCCUUACAUCGACUUUGUUCUGGGACACGCCCUGACCCGCAAGCCCCAGGAUGUCAAGGAAUACCAAUCGCGUUUGCUCAACUACAAUUGCCUGGAAUUCAUUUUGUCGAGCCUGAGAACCUUCAACGAAGAAUUUGUGACCGUCUUCAGUCAACCGACUCUUUCUGCGAUUGGAGCAACUACACUUGUCGACUAUGUUCGUUUGCAUCCAUUUACUCGUGUUAUGGAAUGGCUUUUCAAUGAGGACGUGCUCAAAGUCUUGUUCUCGACCAGUCAGCAAGACAUUUCCGAAGUCGCCCGCAUGUCUUCUGACUCGGUCCUGGUUCUGUCCUUGCUCCGCAGCGUUGAGGUAAUGAACCUGAUUGUUGACCUUCAGUCCACCUAUUUCAACAUCGUGAAGCCUUUGCUCAGGUCCCAUGUCACGGGUAAUAAGGCAAACGUUGCCAAUUCUUCACUUGCCUCGUUUGAGGACAGCGUCCUGAAUAAUUUGACACUGGUACCCGCACUCUGCCUUUAUUGUGGUACUGGGCACCAGCAACUCACUGUCACUUCGUUGGCUUUGCUGGAGAAGUUUACGAGUUCCCGUAAGCUAAACAGAAUGUCUUCACCAGAACUUACAAAGUGGCAAUCUUCGAAUAAGAUUGUUGAGGUACUAGCUAGCGAAGUAGACGUCGACAGCGUCUCUCGCUCUCUUGUUUCCAUGAUGGACCCAGACCCAAGAGAGUUGGAACAUGGCUCUGAAGCUGCCGGUUAUGUCAUUCGGGAAAGCUUGCUGGCCCUCUUGAACAGCUGCCUGAGCAUGAUCACGGAUCGGCCUACUGUUGCUCAUCUCCUUCUCGGGUUCAGUUCUAUUAGCAAUGUUCUUGACGUGCCAUCGGAGGGCUUGUUCGCCAAUCGGAUGUCUUUGCUGCACGCCAUCAUUGGUUUUCUGCAGGUUUAUCCAGACAAUAUGGAGGACAGCAUCAUGUCGUGGACAAUUCAUCUCAAGCGCAUGGCCUUUGAGGUCUUGAAGCAUCUCUGGUCCUCAAGGAUUGCCAGUUACUUCACCCUCGGCGAACUGCGGGUUCACAGGUUUUUAGCAAACAUGUUUGCCACCCAGCCUAUUAUUGGCCCUAAUACUCUCUGGGAUGGCUAUCCCAUAGCCUCCGAUCAAUUCUGGGUUACCCAUGGUACUUCGGCCUUGACAGAGUUCCUGCUAUACCGCAGCCAUCUCUUUGCGUAUGCUGCAACCGAAAUCCGCUCAGCGGCCAAGAUCGGAUCACCGACGCUCCAAGCCGAUAUUAUCGCGACCUUGCUCGGAUCCUCCGUUCUCGACGAUGGUCAAACAGUCAAUAAUCUGUCCGUAUUUGACUUGUUUGACUUCGCGGAUAUAGACGUCAGUCGUCACUUCGAGGCCCCUCAACUGCCUAUGCUUGCCAAGGUUGUAUCCGAAGUGUGGACUAAACAAGAGGAAACGUCGACUAUGUACAAUGUCGCCGAGCUGGAUCAACUGAUUCAAGCCCACAAAGAGCAUGUCUUCGGUGCAAACGCCCCUCGUCCCAAUGAAGAGGAACAGUUCCAAAUGGAGGCAGAGGCACUGAAAUUAGUCGUUCUUGCGAGAAAUCAGAGCCGUCAACUUCAACAGAACCGCCACCUCGCCCUGCGGUCCUGGACUGAGCUUAUCACCACGAUCGUUUCUUGCUCCAUCAUCGACGAAGCAAAUAGGCCGACAUUUGUUCUGCACGCCAUUCAAUUAGUCCUUCCCAAGCUCGAGGUCGCCAUUGAGGGAGAUUCUCCGGAGGCUAUCGAGCUGGCGCGAUUGGCCGAGACACUUAUCAGCAGGCUUGCUUCCGAUAUUGCCGCCGGCCCUGCUUCUCAAAGCGGAGACAUAAUCGACGAGAAGCUCCUCCAGCUUUUCCAAGUCUCGGCGCGAGGAAUCCUUUUGGCCUCGGGUAACGCCAACUUGCGGGAGGUGCUUUACAGUAUAGCUGCACAGUACCUCACCCGCAUCACGUCGCCCGACUCGGCACACGACAGCCUUAGACGUCACAGCCAGCAAGUCGUUAGAGCAGCAGGGCCAGGUCUUGUUGAAGUCAUCUGCGAUGAUGCUUAUACUGGUGAUGAGACUUCUCGUGCGGCGGCUCUUCUACUGUUGAAUUGUCUCGCAUCUUUGGACAACCAGACAGAGUGCUCUCUGGCCGAAGUUGUCUCACAGUCGAACUAUCUGAGUCUCUUUAUGGACGCGAUCCAGUCAAUCUCCCUUGAGUUGCGGAACGCUCAGGCAGCCGAUACCCCUGCCUUGCUGGAAUAUUACGAAUCACUGCUGGCACUUCUUCAACAGUUUGCUCAAACCAAGAAUGGUGCCAUUUCCGUUCUCAAAUCAGGCCUUUUCGAUUCUGUUCGCGAAUCUCAGCUGUUUGCUGCUGAUCCCGAUAUUGGCAUUGAUAUUGAUGACCCUGAUUCACUCCGCAAGUACUACGACCUUCUCUUGUCCCUGGUCCGCGUUAUUGUGUCUGCCGUCUUUUCUCGAGGCGUGCACAACGAACAAAUCAAGGUACAAACUCGUGUCUUCAUCGCCGAGAACCGAUCUUGCAUGGUGGGUAUUUUCAAGCGAUUUGCAAAGAUCGGUGGAAGCGGGGACGCUGGUCAUCACGAAGCUCUUUGUGAAUUGGUCAAGUCCUUCAUGGCUCUCGUGACUGCCACUGAGUAUUUGGAGGUAAGUGGUUAUGAACAUUGGUAA